CGCUAGCUGUUGCCGGCUGCGCAGCGCCCGCCAGCACUGCGGCCCAUCCCCAUGGCCUCCCCCCGGGAGCUCACCCAGAACCCCCUGAAGAAGAUCUGGAUGCCAUAUAGCAACGGGAGGCCGGCACAGCACGCGUGUCCGCGCGGAGUUUGUGUGACCAAUUGUCCCACAUUGAUCGUCAUGGUGGGCCUGCCAGCUAGAGGGAAGACCUAUAUCUCCAAGAAGCUGACACGCUACUUAAACUGGAUUGGUGUCCCAACCAGAGAAUUUAAUGUUGGCCAGUAUCGUCGAGACCUGGUGAAAACAUAUAGAUCUUUUGAGUUCUUUCUUCCGGACAAUGAAGAAGGCUUGAAAAUCAGAAAACAGUGUGCAGAGGCAGCCCUCCGAGAUGUCAGGCGGUUCCUCAGUGAAGAGGGUGGACAUGUAGCGGUUUUUGAUGCCACAAACACAACGCGAGAACGCAGAGAGACCAUCUUUAAAUUUGGAGAGGAGAAUGGCUACAAGACCUUCUUUGUUGAAUCAAUCUGUGUGGAUCCUGAUGUCAUUGCUGCCAACAUAGUGCAAGUGAAACUGGGCAGUCCCGACUACAUUGACUGCGGGAAUGAUGAAGCCACAGAAGAUUUCAUGAACAGAAUUGAAUGCUACAAGAACUCCUAUGAGACACUGGAUGAAAAUCUGGACAAGGAUCUCUCCUACAUUAAGAUCAUGGAUGUGGGACGGAGCUACCUGGUAAAUAGAGUGAUGGACCACAUUCAGAGUCGCAUUGUUUACUACCUCAUGAAUAUUCAUGUGACCCCUCGAUCCAUCUACCUCUGUCGCCAUGGAGAAAGUGAACUGAAUCUCAAAGGAAGGAUAGGUGGGGACACGGGACUGUCCCCAAGGGGGAAGGAGUUUGCUAAGAGCUUGGCUCGGUUCAUUAAUGAUCAGAAUAUCAAAGAUCUGAAGGUUUGGACUAGCCAGAUGAAGAGGACAAUUCAAACUGCAGAGGCCCUGGGUGUCCCCUAUGAGCAGUGGAAGGUUCUGAAUGAAAUUGAUGCUGGUGUCUGUGAAGAAAUGACUUAUGAAGAAAUUCAAGAGCAUCACCCUCUAGAGUUUGCACUUCGGGAUCAAGACAAGUAUAGAUACAGAUACCCAAAAGGAGAGUCUUAUGAAGACCUUGUACAGAGACUGGAGCCAGUAAUUAUGGAGCUGGAGAGGCAGGAGAAUGUCCUUGUGAUCUGUCACCAAGCCGUAAUGCGCUGCCUACUUGCCUAUUUUCUAGACAAGACUGCAGAACAGCUGCCUUAUCUCAAGUGCCCGCUGCACACGGUUUUAAAGCUAACCCCAGUGGCCUACGGUUGUAAAUUGGAAUCCAUAUUCCUGAAUGUUGAAGCUGUGAACACGCACAGAGACAGACCCGAGAAUGUAGACAUUUCAAGACCUCCAGAGGAAGCCCUUGUCACCGUCCCUGCUCACCAGUGAACCUGUGUCCUCAUCAGUCAUCAAACUUGUGGUGCAGUUUUCAUUAUUUUUCAUAAACUCAAUCAUUCAAGUCACUUUUAAAUCAACUCAAUCAGUUGUCUUCGACAGACUUUUCCCUAAGGGGCUUGGCUCCGAAGGAGCUUCCCCAAAGUUAGGCAGGCCCCUGUUCUGUGUUAAUCAUUAGAGUUAAUUUGCUGACUCAUCUUUUCCAGAGUUUUCUGAUCAUCUAAUUUUUCCACUCCCAUGUUUGGACUCUAAUGUGCAGUAGCAGACAGACCUGUCUGAAGUAUUAAACUCUGCCACUGUGAAACCUCAUGUCUUCUGUAGGAUGAACUUGAAUGUUAGCAAAUUCCCUGGGUUGACUGCCCUAGGGGAGAGCCAGUGCCAUUUCCUUGGCUGCCUUGUCUGCUAAUUUGUUGAACUGGUACAAUUUGCUGAUUGGCAAAAUUCCCUAGCAGUAUCUCCUGGGGAGGGGACCAGCAUGCUUGUCCAACUUAGCCUGUUGCCAACAAAGAGCCUUCCCCUGGUGGUGUUUGCCUUAAACAGCGUCUUUCCACUGAGUACCCUCACUUUGGAGGGAUCCAGAUCUCCUUUCCCUUUUAAACACUUGAAAUUACCUAAGCUCCAUAAGGCAGGAGCUGUCGGUAGCCAGACUCACCCUCCACCUCCAGCUGCAUUGCUAAGCACUGUACUCCAUUCUGUCACCAGAUUCACCCACUGCUGACUCAUAUACACACUGAAAUCCCAGACAGCAAAAUGACAGCUGUCAUCACUCCCUCCUUGACUAUACGCACACCCAAUUUCAUAUGGCAAAGCAUGAGCCAUAAUGAGCCUUUGCCGGGUAUUUACACACUGAAAUUCACCCAGGACUGUGUGGUUCUAGUCACCUCUUGCUGAUUUUGUAUCCACUCUGAAAUUCAUAAAGGGGGUGACGGCCCCCUAUUGAUUUAUACACACGCUGGAGUUCUUAUAGGAAAGCAGCAGCUGUAGUCACCUUGAGUCAGUUGUGCACACAGAAAUUCUCGUGAUUUUACAUAUAGUACUGAGAUUAACAUGGUAGGCUAACAGCCGUAGUUCUCACUUCCUGAGUGUAAUCACAAACUGUAAUUCACACAGGAAGGUAGAUGGUGCCUGUAGUCACCCCUUGCUAACUAUACUCAAAACGAAAAUGCCUCUGGAGGAGAAAGAGAUGUGAAUGUGACUAGUGUCAGAAAAAUUUCUCCUGCACCUUUAAAGUCUUUAGCUGAAAUAUCUUCCUGUGGAUCAGAUUUGUGGCUUGAGUCCUUCCUGAGAGAUGUGGAGAUCAGGCCUGGGGCCAGAAGGUCCCAAGCACUUUAUGGAAAGGUCAUGGCUGUGUUUUAUGUGUCUAUGAAAGCUUAAUAAAAAUAAUAACCCCUCACAAUUAUCCAGUGCUUUCCCAUACAUUCUCUUCUUGGAACAUCACGGUACCCUGUGAGGUUAGCAGGGAAGACUGUUGUACAAAUGAGGAAACUGAGGCCUGUGAAGGUGAAAAUGACUUAUGUAAGGUCACAUCAUCAAGAGUUCAAGGGAGACUCUGAACUUGAACCCAGGUCUCUACUUGUAGCACAGAAUACUUGAAAAUCUCCUUUACAUGGAUAUUUCUGCUUCACUGAAACUUUGUACAGAAAUGAAGACAUUGAAAGUAAAUUAAUCAAAUAGUCAAAGCCAGUUGCCUCCUGCCCAGCACUUUGUUAAGAGGUUUUUGAGGGUUGAUUUUUGGCUCUUCAGCUAUCCUGAGAAACUACACAUAUGGGUUAUUACUAAGAAAGGAAACUCUAGAAGUGGUUGUGAAGGGAGAGGGGACUGUAGCCCUAUGACUAUGACAGGGCCUAUGGUCAAUCCUCUUACUCCCCUGAGGGUUAGUCCCAUGUAGGACCUGCAGGAUGACCCAGAGGAGAGUGUCUUCCAGAAAUCACUAUCUUUCCAGACACCUGCUGACUGUGCCAUUUGAGAUUCUUAGGAACCAGCCGGUGUCUCUGCCCUGGGCCAGAACUUUUUUCCUUAGAAAACCAACUUCCUCGGAUCCUAGACUCUGUAGACUAAUCAGUGACGACUAGCCCCCAGCAACCUAUGGCUCCAUCAUUGGCCACUGGUACAGGUCACACACAGACCUGUCAAUGACCAUUGCUGUCCUGAACAGCUAUGAGUUCCCAGCAGCAGGAUCAAACUGCUGCUUCUUUGCCGGGCCCCACUGGCCACUGUGGCCUUGGUCCAUGUAUACCUUCCUUGUUUUCCUGUAGCCAUCUGUGCCUGUUCUCAGGGGCAUUAGCAUGCAAUUGGCCUUGGUCUUAGACUGGAAAGAUCUGGGGUCUGAGGCCAGAGAAAGGUCAGGAGGGAACUCUAGGAAACCUGGGUCAAGUUCCCCACCUGCCAGGAGGGGGAAAGUGCUUUUCUGCCUGAGCAAGGACCCCUUCUGGGACAGCCAACUGUCUCACAAGGCCAUGUUUCAACUGAAAACCACUGAGAAAAAAAAUUCCCACUUUCUGUUCCCUCUAUAUUUUAGCCUGUAAUACCUGAACUACACACAUCUUCACAGGAGGCCUUUCCUGUUUUGUUUUAUUUUUCAAACCUAAUUGUAUUGUGUCUUGUGCAGAUGGUACAUGCCCUGUAUCAGACUUUAAUUGCAAUAAAUGUUCUUUGGAAUCCA